AUGAAUUUCAUAUAAAUUGAAAGUGAAAAGUUAUUCAAUAAUAGAUUCUAUAUAAAGAAGAAAAUAAGCGCAGGUAUUUAAUACUAUAAACUUAUGUCCAAAGGUUCAUUUGGAGUUGUGUUUUUAUGCGAAGAUUUAUAAACUAAAGAAUAUGUUGCAAUGAAAGUUGAAAAAGAUGAUAUGAACGCUAUAGGAUUAGAUAGGGAGAUUUAAAUGUUGAAUGAAUUGAGAAAGCUUCCAGGUUUGAUGUGUACUUAAAUAGGAAUUCCAAAAAUUAUAUGGGCAGGAAAUGAUCAUGGUCACAAUAGCUUGGUUAUGCAAUUAUUAGGAAGAGAUCUAUCUUAUCACUUGAAAGAAAUGAAGACUUUUUCUUUAAGAUGCGUUGUAAAUAUAACUUUGCAAGUUAUCUAAAUAAUUGAAGGGGUUCAUAGAAGGUAUCUUAAUUAAAUUUUAUAAAUUGAAAGAGGAAUUAUACAUAGAGACAUGAAACCAGAAAAUAUUAUGACUGGUAAGGAUUAAGAAUUAAAUUAAAUUUUUAUCGCUGAUUUUGGAAUAGCAAAGUUCUACUAAAAUCCAGAUGGUACACAUGUGUAUAUCAUUUUCAAAAUAUUUUUAUAGUCCAUUCAAAGAUAAUAAAGCGUUUGUGGGUACAACAAGAUAUGCUAGUAUUAAUGCUCAUAAGGGGUUUGAGUUAAGUAGAAGAGAUGAUCUUGAAUCAAUAGGCUACAUGUUUAUUUACAUGUUAAAAGGAAAAUUACCUUGGCAGACUCUUCAUAAUGUUAUUGAAAAAGAAAAGGUAAAAAUAGUUGGUCAAAUGAAAUCUUAAAUUUCUAUUGAAGAAUUAUGUAAGAAUUGUCCUAUUUAAUUUAUUCAGUAACAUUUUAUAUUAUUUUAGAUAUUUUUAAUAUGUGAAGCAAUUACAAUAUAAAUCGACCCCUGAUUAUCGCUAUUUAUAUUCUUUGUUUGAAUAAAUUUCAGUUCAAAAUGGAUUCAAACAUGAUAAAAGAUUUGAUUGGACUGAAUUUAGUUAAGGAACUACAAAAAUUUCAGCUGAACAAACUUAAUAAGAAACAAAAUAAUAAGUUUCUGGAUAAAUUAAAAAAGAAGAUGGAUAAUUUAAAAUAUCUGAUCUAAAAAAAAUAGAAUUAAAUUGUCAAUAAAAAGGUACUUCUAAGAGUAGAAAUAGAAGUCGACAUUAAUCUGAGUAAUGCGUAAAUAAAAGUGGUAAUAGUGCAAAUAGCUUUUCUUCAUCUUGCAUUAAUUCUGAAUAAUCAUCUGUUCUAAUUAAUUAUUAAAAUUCUUAAAUGUCUCAAAGUAAUUUAAGAAUAGGAUCAUCAAAAUUAUUAAGUAAAUUAUAAGAAAGAGGUAUAAUAAAUAAAAGUUCUGAAUCUAGAGGUUCAAUUAUCUAAUAAUAAUCUUCAAAAUCUUUUAGAGAUAGAAAUCAAUCUUAAUAAUUUAUUUAACAGAUACUCUCUUAAUAAUAAUCUUAAAAUAAUAAUAGUUAAAUGUUAUCACGAUUUUAGGAAGAUUUUUAAGACCUUGAGGAAUUGGAGGAGAGGCUCUAAAAAGAUAAAUAAUCUAUGUAAAUUAUUCUUAAAUCAAGAGCUAGCGUAAUUAAUAACACAGGAACAAUAUACCAUUAAAAGUAAAAGAGAUUUAACAUCAUUUUGAAUAAAAUGAUUAUCAGACUGAGAUAGGGGGAAUGACUCAAUUAGAAGAUGAUGCCUGUUUAGAAAAUAAAGUAAAAAUAUAUAAUUUUGAUGCACCAAAACUUAAAUAAAGUUUAGCAAAAUACUGA